CCUCCGCCUCUUUUCCUUUCUCUCAGAGGCGGAUGUCCUGCCGUCUGCUUCCGGCGUCGGACGGGUGAACUUCGGACCGUUUUCCACGCGGGUUUCCGUGGCCGGUUGAGGGAAUUGUUGCUACUUUUGCCUGUGGACCAUGCUUCUUCUCUCCCUAGUUCUUUUCUUGCUAUCUGGACUAGCCUCAUCUGUGGAAGUGAAGCGCCCACGCGGUGUCUCCCUAACAAACCAUCACUUCUAUGAUGAAUCAAAGCCAUUCACUUGCCUAGAUGGCUCUGCAACGAUCCCCUUUGACAGAGUCAAUGAUGACUAUUGUGAUUGCAAGGAUGGCACAGAUGAACCAGGGACGGCAGCAUGCCCAAAUGGCCGUUUCCACUGCUCCAAUGCCGGUUAUCGCCCUCAAUACAUUCCCUCCUCUCGUAUCAAUGAUGGGAUUUGUGACUGCUGUGAUGCAACAGAUGAAUACAACAGUGGCAUUGUGUGUGAAAACACCUGCAAAGAGAUGGGCCGAAAGGAACGUGAGGCACUUAAGCAGAAGGCGGAAGUGGCCAGAGAGGGUUUUGAAAUCAAAAAAGCCUUGAUGGAAGAAGCAAGUAAGAGAAAGGAAGAAAAACAGAAAAAACUGGUUGAAUUACAAGAGGGUAAGAAAUCUGUAGAGGAGCAAGUGGAUACUCUCAGGGCACAAAAAGAAGCUGCUGAAAAGCCAGAAAAGGAGGCCAAAGACAUCCACCAGAAAGCCUGGGAAGAACAGAAAGAAGCUGAAAGAGCAGCAAGAGAUCAAGCCAAAGCAGAAGAAGCUUUCAUGGAGCUGGAUGAUGAUGGAGAUGGCAUCGUAUCUGUUGCUGAGCUUCAGACACACCCAGAGCUGGAUGCGGACGGUGAUGGGAUCCUUUCAGAAACAGAAGCCCAGACCUUGCUGGACAACUCUUUGCAGGUGGAUGUGGGUAGUUUCCAGAACACAGUUUGGAAUGCAAUCAAGGAGAAGUACAAGGCAGAGACUUUGGAUGAUGUACAGCCUCCGUUGAAGGGUACAGCAGAGGAAGAGCCAGAUAAUCAGUCUGAUGCCCAGUUAGACCAGUUGCCUCCUGAGGACGACUAUGAAGACGAUGAUGAUGAAGAGGAAGAGACUGAUGAAGACAGCAUUGAUGAAGAGAUGAAGGUCCCCCCACCUAAGCCAUCAUCUGAUGUCAAGGCAGCAGCAGAAGAGGAAGAACUAGAGAAAAUGCCCCCUUAUGAUGAAGCCACUCAAGCUCUGAUUGAUGCUGCACAAAAGGCCCGGGAGCAAUUUGAAGAGGUUGAGAAGUCCCUGAAAGAAAUGGAGGACUCAAUCAGGUAAAAUACACCCCCCUAA